GGAUACCCGUAACAUCAGUGCCCUGGAAGUUCUUCUGGCACAUGUGUUGGUGACAUGACCUGGAUGUCGGUGUUUAGAGCUGCGGUGAUCGGUGGCCGCUUGGCUGGGGUUCCAGUCAGGGGGUAUGCCAAAAAACCGGUUGUUAAGGCGAAAGGGAAGGCAGGAGUGAAAGAGGUUUUGAAAGGACCUGAUGUUUGUAAAGAUCCAGCUAUUCUUACAACACAUGCUAUGGGAGUCAACAUCUACAAGACUGGUCAGGAUGUGAAGUUAAAAGAGGAUUCUGACUAUCCAGAGUGGCUAUUCCAAUUGGAUCUGGGACCCCCUAAAAAAUUGGAGGAACUGAGUCCUGACACACCUGAAUAUUGGAAGCUACUUCGCAAGUUAAACAUAUGGAGGAAUAAUCGUCUUGCCAAGAAUAAAAAGUUGUGAUUUGUUAUUUUUUAUUUUAUUUCCCUUCCUAUUUUUAUCACUUUUCGUAAAGUGAUUUUUGCGUCCUGCAGUUUACCUGCAGAUACAUGUGUCAAAUAAAUUAUUUCUAUCACUUUGUA